CACCGUGGCGGGCUGUGUGCGGCAGCGGGUUCCGGAGGAGGGCCUUCUCCGGCCAGGAGGGUGGAGUGUGGCCCGGUUGACGCGGUAGCUGCGGAGAGGUGGUGACCAGCCUUCGCUGACUCUGGGUGGCCGAGCAGUCACACUUUGGUUUACAGAAAGAAGAUCAUAAAUGUCAGCGCCACUUAACCAGGGUUAGCUGUUAAAUCCUGACACUUUUUGUGCCAACCUCUUCAUUGGGAAAAACUUAGGAAAAGAUAGAAGACUCUGUCCACAUUGGCAAUGGCUAUACCAAUAACAGUGCUUGACUGUGAUCUCUUGCUGUAUGGCCGAGGCCACCGGACCUUGGACCGUUUUAAGCUGGAUGAUGUGACUGAUGACUACUUGAUGUCCAUGUAUGGAUUUCCCCGACAGUUCAUUUACUACUUAGUGGAACUCUUGGGGGCAAGUCUUUCUCGACCUACUCAGCGAUCUAGGGCUAUUAGCCCAGAGACACAAAUCCUGGCGGCUUUAGGCUUCUAUACCUCAGGUUCCUUCCAGACUCGGAUGGGAGACGCAAUUGGAAUUAGUCAAGCCUCUAUGAGUCGCUGUGUUACCAAUGUCACUGAAGCCCUUGUGGAAAGGGCCUCACAGUUCAUUCACUUUCCAGCUGAUGAAGCUGCUAUACAGUCUCUAAAGGAUGAAUUCUAUGGAUUGGCAGGGAUGCCUGGGGUGAUAGGGGUGGUUGACUGUAUCCACGUGGCAAUCAAGGCACCAAAUGCUGAAGACCUCUCUUAUGUGAACCGCAAGGGUCUGCAUUCUUUGAACUGCCUGGUGGUGUGUGACAUCAGAGGAACACUAAUGACCGUGGAGACAAACUGGCCAGGUAGCCUCCAGGACUGUGCUGUAUUACAGCAGUCUUCUCUAAGCAGUCAGUUUGAAACUGGGAUGCCCAAAAAUAGCUGGCUUCUUGGCGACAGCUCCUUCUUUCUCCAUACCUGGCUCAUGACUCCAGUUCAUGUUCCUGAAACUCCAGCAGAGUAUCGCUAUAAUAGGGCCCAUUCUGCAACACACAGUGUGAUCGAGAAGACUUUGCGGACCCUCUGUUCUAGGUUCCGAUGCCUGGAUGGAUCGAAGGGGGCGUUGCAGUAUUCACCAGAGAAAUCCAGCCACAUCAUCUUGGCUUGCUGUGUCCUGCACAACAUUUCCUUGGAACAUGGAAUGGAUGUUUGGUCCUCUCCAAUGACUGGACCCAUUGAACAGCCCCCUGGGGGCGAGUUUGAGCAAAUGGAGUCUCUGGACUUAGAGGCUGACCGAAUCCGGCAGGAGCUGAUGCUCACUCAUUUUAGUUAGUGUGGAACUCAGAAGGAGGAGGGACACUUUCUAGAAUGAGCUGUAACAACCUUCCGCAAAGUUACCAGCCCAUCACAAAAUUCUGUGGUCCAGCGUGACUGAGUGUGCACACUUGUCAUAGAUUAGCAUUUACUAUUUUAGAAGGGCAGGGGGUGGGGGACACACGCCAGCCCUUGCAAAUGUGUCAACUAGACCAAAACCAAGACAGUGUUUCCCUAGUGUACAGUGAAUCCCAGGCUAUGCACCACUUUUUUCAAAGUUCACUGAUUACAAUGGCAAAGUCACAUAGUAAAGGAGAAAACAGCACAUAACCAAAGCAUUUUGUUGUUUCAUUUAUCUGGAGACCUCAAAUGAAAAUGUUUGUCCUUAUUUAUUCAUUUAUUGCUAUUUUGUAUGAGACAUUUUUUUCUAUGUAGCAUGGACUUGCCUGGUGCUCACUGUGUAGCCCAGGUUGGCCUGGAACUUGUAGCAGCCCUCCUGCUUCAGCCUCCCAAAUUUCCUGAUUCUUUGUUUUUAUCCUUUGCUGUCUACAGAGACAAAUAGGAAGAAAGAAUGAAUUUAGUUGAGAAAUGGUCCUCUUUUUUGUUUGUUUGUUUUUGGUUUCUCUGUAUAGCCUUGGCUGUCCUGGACUUGCUUUGUAGACCAGGCUGUCCUUGAACGUACAGAGAAUCCCCCGGCCUCUGCUCCUCGAGUGCUGGGAUUACUGUGUGUGCCGCUACACCCUUCGAGAAAUGGUCUUCUACUAAGAGUAGGUGAGCACUCAUCCAGCAUGUGUGACAGCUCGACCCCUAGAACUGAAGACAGACUAAAUAGUAAUAAGAGAAAGGAACUAGCAGUGUGCAUUUGCAGGGUUGUUUAGAAGAGGACAUUAGGGACUGUGGGAAGCACCAUGCCGGCUCUAACUGGACUAUGAUUUGGAUCUAGUUCUUAGAGGGAACAUCUGAAUUCCAGACCUUAGUCCACCCUUGAGUCAGUCAGAGCCUAAGCUUGAAGAAGGUAACUCAAAUAUAAAUAAAAUAUUAAGUUUAUACCUUACAGAUGCUCUAAGACCCUGGCAGUUAAAUGAACAAAAGAGUCCUACAAGUUUAUAAAAUUCCUAUCUAACUAAACUACAUUAAAAAAAAACACAUUGAUUUAUUUUGUGUGUGGGUGGGAUGCAUGUGUAGAGGUCAGAAUACCACUUGUGGGUCUCAGAGAUGAAAUUCAUACCAGGCUUGGCAGCAAGCAUCUUUACCUGCGGAGAUAUCUUGCUGGCCUGACAUUUCUUUCUUCUUUCCUUUUCCCUGUUUAAUGUGGCAAUGAGAUUGAACUUAAGAGUCUGCUUUCUAGCAGGGCUUGGUGGUGCACGCCCGUGAUCCCAGGACUCAGGGAGGCAGAGGCAGGUAGAUUGCUGUGAGUUCAAGAUCAGCUUGGUCUACAAAGUGAGUACAGGACAGCCAAGGCUACACAGAGAAACCCUGUCUCAAAAAAUAAAUAAAUAAAAUAAAAAUAAAAGGUCUGCUUUCUGUAUGCUCGGCAAGUGUUCUACCUCUAAGCUAUAUCCUUAGAUUGCUUUUUUUGUUUCCAUUUUAUUACUCUCUUGUCCAAGCUGUCCUGGAACUCACUAACUCAGGCCUUAAACUUGUGAUCCUUCUGAGUCACCCUCCUUAGCAGUUGGAAUUACAGACCUGUGUCAUGUUGUGUUUGUUAUGGCUGUGGUAAGAAUAUUUAUAUAGUAUAUUUUGGAAUUCUUUAUACAGAGGACAAUUCUGGGGUAAGAAAAGAGGAUCUUAGAGCUAGGCAUAGUGGCUCAUGCCUGUAAUCCUAGCACUCAGGAGGCUGAAGUUCUGAUUUCAAAGCCAACCUGUACCACAGUCUCAGGCCAGUCUGGGCUACUGUGGGAGCCCUGUCUUUGAAAAGCAGAAGUACAAAGCAUGGCUUGAAAUAAACUGUGGAGUUAGACCUUAGAAAAUAUUAUAUGCAGAGUGAUAGACAGAACUUCCCAGGAAAUAAAUAACCCCCUAACAAGUCUUGUUCUAAAAUUUCACUACUGUAAAAACAACCUGAUAGGGAUAAUAGAAGUGUGAAUUAGGUUCACACAUCGGUGUCUUUGCUGGGACUAAAAAGAUAUUUUCCUGAGGAUUGUCUUGUUCCCAGUUUCUCAGUCACUUAUCAUGUGACACCUCUGAAUUGGCCUCUUGGAUCAUUUUCUACCUGCCUUUGGCAGUGUUAAUCUGGUGAUUUUCAAAGUAAAGAAGUGAACAGCUGAUGACAGAAAUGUGGAAAUAAAUUGAGGGUGACUCAUCCUCAAGAUUAAAAACAAUUAUGGAUUAUUAUCUGCUGUUUAUUUCCAUUCCAAAUGUUGCUUCUUAUCCUUAUCUUCCUCUGUGAAGAGUGGGUCGCUUGGCAGGAGAGUGAAUUUAAUGAGUACAAGGAGGUCCUAGAGGGGGGACGGACAGUGGAUGGUUGAUAGAAACUAGUUCUGAGCAUUAUACAAUGAAGACUUUGUUAUAUUUUGUUCUUUGUACACUUUUUUUUCUAUUUAUUUUGAGAUAAUAUCUCACUAGGCAGGCAUGGCUGGCCUGGUACUGAUUAUUUAGCUCAGGGUGUCCUCAUAUUCAGCAGUCUUCCUGUCUUUGUUUCCUAGGUACUAGAAUGACAGAUACACCACAGUACUUAGCUCUGUUUUUGUUGUUUGGUUGGUUGGUUUUUAUUUUAUUAAGACAGAGUUUUACCAUAUAGCUUUAUUUUACCUAAAACUCAAUGAAUAGACCAAGCUGACUUUGGAGUCAUAGAAGUCCAUCUGUUUAUGGAGUGCUGGGAUUAAAGGCCUUAAUCAGCCACCUGUUUUUUGUUUUGUUUUUCUUUUUCCAGACAGGCUUUCUUUGUAUAGUGUUGGCUGUCCCAGACUUGCUUUGUAGAUCAGGCUAGCCUUGAACUCAUAGCGAUCCCCUUGCCUCUGCCUCCCUGAGUGCUGGAAUUGAAGGUGUGUGCCACCAAGACUGGCUCAGCUACUUCUUCCUUCCUUCCUUCCUUCCUUCCUUCCUUCCUUCCUUCCUUCCUUCCUUCCUUCCUUCCUUCCUUCCUUCCCAUCGAGACAGGGUUUCUUUUUGUAGCCCUGGCUGUCUUGGAACUCGCUCUAUAGAUCAGGCUGGCUUCAAACUCAGAGAUCCACUUGCUUCUGCUCAUAAGGGCUGGGAUUAAAGACAUGUGCCACCAUUCCUGGCAUUGUAUGUAUGUAUGUAUUUAGUUUGUUAUUUAUUGCUGGGGAAUCAAAUCCAGAGCCUAGCACACAAUACUUAAGCAUUCUAUUCGGGGCUACAACUUCAUAGUGUGCAAAACUUAACAAUAGCUUGUUUUGUCUCCCUCAUAAGGUAUGUAGCCUCCUCAAACUUGCCACUCUCCUGGUUUAGCUUCCAGAUGCUGAGAAAAAGAAGAAAACAAAAUAAAACAAAACAAAACCAAAACUGAAAGCUUCUA